GGGCUGACGGUCCCUGGCAGAGCUCAGCUCACAAACACAUCGCACCUUUUUUUCUCGCACCAAACAGGGAGCGACGUCCUUUUCGCUCUCUUUCUUUCUCCGCGCGACGACGUGAAGCGUUCCUCGCUGUAGUUUCUGCGCUAGAACGAAUGGUUUCGUGAUCAGCUUCACUAGUCUGCUGCUUCCAUCUCUUAACCCGCUGGGACUUUUGUGGGAUCUGCAUAGGCGAUUACAUCUGAUUUUUUUUUUCACUUUUCUUCUUCUCCCCACAACGAUGCAGUGAUUUUAUUUUUAUUUUUUUAUUUUUUAUUUUGCCAAACUAAAAACCUUCACAAACUAAGUCGAUGCGGACGCCAUCACCGAGAUUCUUCAGUGAGGCUGGCCGAUCAAGGGGGGACCACACGAUGGUAUUUCUCUCAAGAUUGUGGAUCAAUUUGUCAAAGUGGAUGUGAUUAGAAGGUUUGUGAGCACUGAAGGCCCUACACGGGCCUGCAUAUUAACACUACUCUGAGAAGGUUCUGUUUUUUUCCCCAUUUUUUCUGUCCACCUGACACUUGGCCAACGCAAUGACUAUUAAUUAAGCUACUCUGAUGACCCGUGGUGGCCUAAUUUGCUCAGACAUUUCCUGUAAAUACAUGACUUUGUGUGAUGGAUACCUUGACAAACAAGCCCCACUGUAGCCCAUUUAGAUUCCAUUGAAGGCCAACUGCCUAAUUUUCUAGUAGCCUCUAGAUUAGUAUAGGUCCCUGGUGUAUUUUUAUGGUAAAAACAUAUGUGCACCUUUAUUUGCUUGUUAUCAUUUCAGCUAGAAAUGAUCUUUGUUAAAUAUGAUUAGACCAUAGCACAAGACUUCCCUUUUCUGCACAUGGAACAAUGAUUAAACAAAAAUUACCCCAAAUGUUUAGCUGCCCCGUCUGUCAGAGGGAAGUCAUUUAUAUUUUAGGACUGGAUAACUAAGAUAAAUUAUCAAUUAUAUAAUUUUUUAAACUUAGUUUUACUCUAACCCUUUGAAUUCACCAUGAGCUUCUCCAUGCGAAACGGCGCACAUUUGAUUUGGAUAGGCCUACUGGUUUGUUGCUUGGUUGACAUAGGGGCUAGCAUGGAGUUCACUGGCGCUGAAGGUCAGUGGGCGAGGUUCCCCAUGUGGAACGCCUGCUGCGAGAGCGAAAUGAGUUUCAACAUGAAAACAAAAAGCUCUCAUGGACUCUUGGUGUAUUUUGACGAUGAGGGAUUCUGCGACUUCUUGGAACUUCUCAUCCACAACGGUAGACUCAGUUUGCGCUUCUCGAUCUUCUGUGCUGAGCCCGCCACAGUGCUGUCCGACACUGCAGUCAACGACAGCCGCUGGCACGCGGUUACUGUGCGCAGGAAUUUCAAAAACACUACACUAGUUGUGGACGACGAGAUCAAGUGGGUGGAAGUGAAGUCUAAAAGAAGGGACAUGACGGUUUUUAGUCCUUUGUUCUUAGGAGGGAUACCUCCAGAACUGCGCUCUGUAGCCCUGCGCCUAACAUCCGCCUCCAUCAAAGACCAGGUCCCAUACAAAGGAUGGAUAACUGAUUUGAAGGUGAAUGGCUCUGAGUCAGUGCUAAUUGGUAGUGAGGGGAUCAACAGCGACAUUUGUGAAGCUGACCAUGUUUGCCUGAAUGGAGGAGUGUGCAGCAUCGUCAAUGAUGAGCCCAUCUGUGACUGCUCCGAAACCGGAUUCCAGGGGAAAGACUGCAGUGAAGAAGAGGCCUACGUUGGAGGUCUUGCGCACCUGAUGAUGGGCGACCAAGGUAAAAGUAAAGUGAGAGAGGAGUAUGUGGCAACCUUCAAGGGCUCGGAGUAUUUUUGCUACGACCUUUCUCCAAACCCCAUCCAGAGCAGCAGCGACGAGAUCACGCUCUCCUUCAAGACCCUGCAGCGCAACGGCCUGAUGCUCCAUACAGGCAAAUCUGCUGACUACGUCAAUCUGGCGCUGAAGAACGGCGCUGUCUCUCUGGUCAUCAACCUUGGCUCCGGGGCCUUCGAGGCCCUGGUGGAGCCUGUGAAUGGGAAAUUUAAUGACAAUGCCUGGCAUGAUGUGAAGGUUACCAGGAAUCUCCGUCAGCACUCAGGCAUUGGACACGCUAUGGUUACAAUAUCCGUGGAUGGAAUACUCACCACCACUGGAUAUACACAAGAGGACUACACCAUGCUAGGCUCCGAUGACUUUUUCUAUGUCGGGGGCAGCCCCAGCACGGCAGAUCUGCCCGGAUCCCCUGUUAGCAACAACUUUAUGGGCUGCUUGAAGGAGGUUGUGUACAAGAACAAUGACGUGCGGUUGGAGCUGUCUCGCCUGGCCAAACAGGGCGAUCCCAAGAUGAAAGUUAGCGGAAUGGUGGCUUUCAAAUGUGAGAACGUGGCCACCCUCGACCCAGUCACCUUUGAGACCCCCGAAUCUUUUGUCAAGCUUAGCAAGUGGACGGCGAAGAAAGCCGGUUCCAUCUCCUUUGAUUUCCGCACCACCGAGCCCAAUGGACUGCUCCUUUUCAGCCAUGGCAAGCCCAAGCAGCAACAGCAGAAAGACCCCAAGAGCCCCAAGACAAUGAAGGUGGACUUCUUUGCCAUUGAGAUGUUGGAUGGUCACCUCUACCUUCUCCUGGACAUGGGCUCAGGCACCACCAAGACAAGGGCUGUCAACAAGAAGGUCAAUGAUGGAGAAUGGUACCAUGUUGAUUUCCAAAGAGAUGGAAGAUCAGGCACCAUCUCAGUCAACUCAGUGCGCACACCUUACAAUGCUCCUGGAGAGAGUGAGAUUCUGGACCUGGAUGACACUCUGUACCUGGGCGGUCUUCCUGAGGAUCGUGCUGGUCUAGUCUUCCCCACUGAGGUGUGGACGGCCUUGCUGAACUACGGCUAUGUGGGCUGUGUGCGGGACCUCUUCAUGGACGGCCAGAGUAAAGACAUCCGGCGCAUCGCUGAGGCACAGAGGGCUGUGGGCGUGAAGCCGUCCUGCUCCAAGGAGCCUCCCAAACAGUGUCUGAGCAAUCCCUGCCUGAACAGCGGCUCCUGCAGAGAGGGAUGGAACCGCUAUGUGUGCGACUGCUCUGGGACAGGUUACCUGGGCCGAUCCUGCGAGAGAGAGGCCACUAUCCUCAGUUAUGAUGGCAGUAAGUUCAUGAAGAUCAAGUUGCCGGUGGUGAUGCACACUGAGGCGGAGGAUGUGUCUCUCCGUUUCCGCUCCCAGCGCGCCUACGGUGUUCUCAUGGCAACCACCUCCCGCAAUUCCGCAGACACACUCCGACUGGAGCUAGAUGGAGGACGGGUCCGACUUACUGUCAAUCUAGACUGUAUCAGGAUUAACUGUACUACCAGUAAAGGCCCAGAGACCAUCUUUGCGGGCCAGAACCUGAACGAUAAUGAAUGGCACACAGUCCGUGUGGUCAGGAGAGGAAAAAGCCUACAGUUAACAGCAGAUGACCUACAGCCAUCGGAAGGUCAAAUCACAGGUGACCACACGCAGCUAGAGUUCCAUAACAUUGAGACAGGCAUCGUCACAGAGAAGCUCUACAUGCCCGCUGUACCCUCCAACUUCAUCGGGCACCUGCAGGGUCUGUCCUUCAACGGCAUGUCCUACAUCGACCUGUGCAAGAAUGGGGACAUUGACUACUGUGAGCUGAAUGCUAUGAUUGGCUACAAGAGCAUAGUGGCAGACCCAGUGACCUUCAAGUCUCGCUCCAGUUAUGUGACCCUGCCCACUCUGCAGGCCUACUACUCCAUGCACCUGUUCCUUCAAUUUAAGACCACCUCACCUGAUGGGCUGAUUCUGUACAACCGAGGAGAUGGCAAUGACUUCAUAGUGGUGGAACUGGUCAAAGGUUACCUGCACUACGUCUCAGAUUUGGGGAAUGGUGCUCAUCUUAUCAAAGGCAAUUCCAACACACCUCUCAAUGACAACCACUGGCACAAUGUGAUGAUCUCACGGGACGUCAACAACCUCCACACAGUCAAAAUAGACACUAAGAUCACCACCCAAACCACUACAGGCGCCAAGAAUCUGGAUCUGAAAGGUGACCUCUAUGUUGGAGGAGUGUCUAAGGAGAUGUAUAAGGACCUGCCUAAGCUGGUGCAUUCUAAAGAGGGCUUCCAGGGCUGCCUGGCAUCUGUGGACCUGAAUGGCCGUUUGCCGGACCUGCUGUCUGAUGCGCUGACCACCGCAGGCCAAGUGGAGAGGGGAUGUGAAGGCCCCAGCACUACAUGUCAGGAAGACUCUUGCUCUAAUCAGGGUGUGUGUCUGCAGCAGUGGGAGGGCUUUACCUGUGACUGCAGCAUGACGUCGUUUGGAGGGCCUCUCUGCAAUGAUGCUGGAACUACAUACAUUUUUGGUCGUGACGGUGGGCUGAUUGUGUACACCUGGCCACCCAACGACAGGCCGAGCACACGGGCAGAUCGACUGGCCGUUGGCUUCAGCACCCAGCAAAAAGAUGCUGUGCUUGUCAGAGUGGACAGCUCCUCUGGCCUCGGAGACUACCUGCAACUGCAGAUAGAAAAAGGCAAUAUCAGAGUGGUGUUCAAUGUGGGCACUGAUGACAUAAAUAUUGAAGAGACCUCAAAGUUUGUAAAUGAUGGAAAGUACCACAUAGUUCGCUUUACACGGAGUGGCGGUAAUGCCACUUUGCAGGUGGACGAUCUGCCAGUCAUAGAGCGAUACCCCACAGGCAACAUUGAUAACGAACGCCUGGCGAUUGCUAGACAGCGAAUCCCAUAUCGGCUUGGUCGAGUAGUUGACGAAUGGCUACUCGACAAAGGUCGACAACUCACCAUCUUCAACAGCCAGACUACUAUAAAGAUUGGCGGUUGGGAGCGGGGCAGCCGGCCGUUUCAGGGGCAGAUGUCUGGCCUCUACUACAAUGGCCUCAAAGUGCUCAACAUGGCCGCUGAGGGUGACCCCAAUGUGCGCGUGGAGGGCAGUGCCCGGCUGGUGGGUGAUCUGCCCUCCUCCUCUAUUACCCCACAAUCCAGUGCCUCAGCCACGGGGAACCGCUCUGAAACGUCCCCCUCACUCACUGAUAUUACCACCACCACAGCAUCCAACCGCCAGGGCAAGCAGACCACGACGCCACAGGAUGAUCUCUUGGUAGCCUCAGCUGAAUGCCCCAGUGAUGAUGAGGACAUCGACCCAUGUGACCCAACCUCAGGUGGGUUAGCACACCCUCCCCUGCCCGAGGCGAAGGGCUACCCAAGCCCAGAGGUGAUCCGGGAGUCCAGCAGCACCACAGGAAUGGUGGUGGGCAUCGUAGCAGCUGCCGCUCUCUGCAUCCUCAUCCUCCUUUAUGCCAUGUACAAAUACCGUAACCGCGACGAGGGCUCGUACCACGUGGACGAGAGCCGUAACUACAUCAGUAACUCGGCCACACAGCCCAAUGGAGCUGCUGUCAAAGAGAAGCCAAUCGGCGUGGCCAAGAUCUCCAGCAAGAAUAAAAAGAACAAGGACAAAGAGUACUAUGUCUGAUCCCACAGACAUUCUCCCUCCCUGUGUUCAGAAACUUACGGGCAAGGGGGAGGAGAUGCCAACCUAUGUAUAGUAAUUAAGAGAAAAAAACAACAUCACAGUCUUAGUUUUAACUGAGACAAGAUACACUGUUACUAACAAUAAGAAAAUAUACUUUAUACUCAAGCACACAAGAACUAUACAAACGCCGAAAGUGUGUACAAAGGAAAUUGGGAGCAAAGAGUGUGUUAAACUCGCAGAACGGAGGGAACCUUCAAAGACGAUCCUUCGGAAAAAGGGACAAGCUAAUACAACCCCAUACGUUAGGGUCAAGCACUCAAAGACAAGGCCACUGCUCAGAACUGAGGUUUUAUUGUGUUUCAUAUUAUGUUGCCUGUGUACGUGUUGCUGGACGUCCUCUUCAUCCAGAAAACCCAUGAACAUCUGGAAAAUUAAAAAGACAUUCACUAAAAGAUGAAAAGGAACAAGAGACUUAUCACUAUGAGAAGCUACCUACUAUAUGAUUGUUAAAUCAGCCAAAGUAUUCGCCCCUCACCCCCUUUUCUAUUGGCAGUGUUGGCCAGUUGGAGACAGAUACAAGGUGAAGACCAUAAGGAUCCAGACUUAAGUCAAUAUGGAGGACCAAUGCCUUGGUGUCAAAGAGGACUAUGGAGGCCUUAUUAUCAAUCCAAGUGUAAAAUCUACGGUUGUUUUCUUUUGUUUGUAUGUUUGUCAUGAUAACGACAACAGUGACGAUGCUGAUGAUUAAGAAUGAUAAAGCAUACUGGGGCCGUUUGGGAUAGUUUGAGAAAAACUCCAUGCACGUGACGUAUCUUAUUACAUAUGUUUAUAUACGGUGCAAAGACUAUCUAUGUGUGCUCUCUGGACUGUGGCUGAAGUGGUGUUUUAUAGCCUGUUAUAUAGAUGAUGCCAACUACAGUAUACCUGCUCUUCAAAACAUUUUCUAGUAAAAACAAAACGGGAAAACAAUUAAAAACAGAAAAAAUAAAUGUUAAUGUGUUGCUAUAGCGAUAGAACCGUUUCUGCCAUUAGCUAUAAACAUUUGGGUUCCCGUAUUUUUAAUUUUCCUCCUUUAUGUGCAUCUUCAAUGUCAACAUUUUAUUUCUGCCAUUGUAUUUUGUUUUAGCGAUUCUUCCUUACGUGUCAACAUACAAAUACUAGAGCACAAGUUUAGGUUUGGGAAAGCAAACCACCAAAUGGGAAGUGAAAUUAUAUGAAUUGUUGGUGAAUUGUUGAAGCAAUAUCCCUUUGCUCUUCUCAGUGACCAGACAAAUUAUGCAUGGUCAUUAGGACGUGGCUCUAAUAAGAGAUGACACCAUCAAACAGAAAAAAAGAAAAGAAAAAAUGACAAUGAACUGGAUCUUAAAAUAUGUGUAUUGGAACCUCACAGCUGAAAGAUGCCAAUCUCAAAGACACCUAAAAUUGAAAACGUAUUGUUUGUGAAUACACUCCUCUUUGCUCUCUUGUACUACACUGAAUGUACAAGAGGUAUAAAAUACAUAACCUUCAGAAUAAAACGUUUGAUUUUUG